AUGGAGCUCUCGAGCAGCCCGGGGACCAUCACCUAUGAUUAUGACAGUAAUAGCUUUCUGUGUGAGUAUGGGAACUUCAAUGCUGCCACCUCUACCAUCAGCACCCUGUACACCUUGGUGUGUUUCUUCAGCCUGCUGGGCAACAGCCUGGUGUUGUGUGUCCUGCUGAAGUAUGAGAGCCUGGAAUCCCUCACCAACGUCUUCAUCCUCAAUCUGUGCCUCUCAGACCUGCUGUUCUCCUUCACAUUGCCUUAUUUGAUCUUUGUUAACUACAAGGGCAUGGUGUCAAGUGACUUCUACUGCAAGCUCAACAGCAUGGUCUUCUCCGUCAGCCUCUACAGCAGCAUCUUCUUCCUCACCAUCAUGACCAUUCACCGUUAUGAGUCCAUAGUGAACCCCCUCUCUUCCCUGCGCAUCCACACCCUCAAAUUCCGCGUGGUAGUGAUUGCAGUCGUGUGGAUAGGCAGCAUCCUGUUUGCCAUCCCUGAUGCCAUGUUCCAUACGAGCAUUUCAGGUGCCUGUCGUUAUUCAGAAACGAAGUGGUUUGUACUCUCAGUCUACACGCACAACUUCUUCUUCUUGGUCUCCCUGGCAUCUAUCCUGUUCUGCUACAUGGAGAUUCUCAAGACCCUGCUCCACUCGCGGUCCAAACAGCGCCACCGGACAGUCAGGCUCAUCUUCACCAUCGUGGUGGUAUACUUCCUCAGCUGGGCUCCCUACAACCUGAUGCUGUUUGCGCAGUCACUAAAAGAUCUUGGAGUCAUACAAAGCUGUCACACCAUAAACCAUAUUCGGGAAGCCGUGAUGAUCUGCCGCAUCAUUGCCUUCUCCCACUGCUGCUUCAACCCGGUGCUCUAUGUCUUUGUUGGAAUCAAGUUCCGCAGCCACCUCAAAAGUCUGCUCAGGCAAUGCUGGUUCUGCUGGCAGCAGGGGUCCAAUGUUCCCCUAACACCACAUUCCCCAGGUGCCUUCAACUUUGAGGGUGCCUCCUUCUACUGAAAGGAGUUUGGUGGUGUAGGCAAAGGUGGACAGAGUUGGA